UCUUUUCCCAAAAAGUCUCUCGCGAAUCUGCGAUCUCUGGGGGCACUAAAUAAUACAAGCAGGGCAACUAGCUGGGCUGCAGAGAAUCCGAUUUUAGCCACAUCUGUGGGUAUUGGCACCGCUGGCAUUGUCGUCAUGACCGCUCCUGGCCUUGUAACCGCUCCAAUGUUGUCAGGUCUGGGCUUUACGGCCGGCGGAAUACAAGCAGGUAUGCGUUGUAUCACAGGGGAAGAGAGGACCAAAAUGGGAACAGCUCCCCAGUCUCUAUUUACGAAUGAAGCUUUUGUUAAUUAUAUUUUAUUCAUUUUAGGAUCUACGGCCGCCGCUAUACAUAGCGGAAUCGAAAAUAUUGCAGCGGGGAGUAGUGCUGGCGCAGGAGGAAGCGGCCUGGCGAUCGUCAACGGGGUUGUGCAGGCAGGCGGUGCUACGAUGACCUUGGGAAGUGGAGGCUUAGCAUGGGCCAAGGCUAGACUUUGA